AUGUCACCCCCAGCAGAGCCAGAAAAACGGAAUUACCCAGCCAAACGGUUAAAAGCAAACUCAGCUUGUCGAGCUUGUCGAGCUCGUAAAUUGGCUUGCGAUGGUGAAAGGCCGUGCUCGAGAUGUAAGCAAGACAGGAAGGGCUGUGAUGAUGACGAGGGGUCUUUCCGAAGUCCGCUUACCAGAAGGAGGAUGACCGAACUGGAAGAUCUCAUUGAGCUUCAUGCAAGUAUUUGGAAUGCUGCCUUUCCCAAUUUCCCGCUUGAACAGGCAGCAGCACGCUCUGUUUCCGCAACGCCCAAAGAGAUCGCUCAGGAGGCGUUCCGCUCAGCUGGUUUUCACCAACCUCUUCCUCCGCCUGUAGUUGAUGCAUUGAUGCCCUCCCUGCCAUCGGAAGAAACCUUUAGCUUCCUGCCAGACGCUCCUGUGAUGUCACAUCAGUCGUUCGCCCCACCCGAACCGUCCAUGCUUCCUCCAGAACCCCUCAUGACACAAUCGCACGUUCAGCCUCAGCCCGUCAAUGCAGCAGUAGAUCGGCAACCACCUCACGUCAGUCCCAUGUCUCACCUACGUUCAUCUAAUAAUGCAACCGAGAAGAACUAUCCUCCGACUCGGCCUGCUUCCCCUACCGAUCCACCAUUCCUUCAAAACGUCUACGAGUUCCAAUCGGCUGCGCAGUCAAAUGUGAACACUUGGUCAGAGCAGCAUGCUCUGCAGACAGGCAAUACACCCCCAAGCCACUUAGACGGUAUGGGCGCGACCGUCUUAGACACGACAAUGGAGAUGAAUGCUGGCGCAGGUUACAUCGGGAUGUCAUCCGGGGCGAUGCUCAUUCUCGUUCUACGCAGAUUGCUCAACCGGGACUCUUUACUGUCCCCACUUAACGGCUAUUCCCUACACACCCUCAAGCCGACUUCUCAUGCCCAAGUGCCGAAUAUCUUGAAUCACCUGCCUGGUUCCGGCGUGCGUCGUGAUCCCACUAGCACAUCACCCCUAUCUAUAUCCGCUCGGAUGCCUCGAUACAGAGAGUUCCGUCCUCUAGUCGAUUCUUAUUUUGAAUUUUUCCACGCUAUCAUACCCAUCGUGCACGAACCCACUAUCCGCGCACAGCUGACAGGAGCAUUACCCUUACCUACCAGCGGCGGAAGUCGAGUUUUAAUUUUCAUGAUCCUCGCCAUGGGAGAAUUUGAUCUAGCUCAAAUCGAAGACGAUGAUAAUGGCUAUCGUUAUUACGAAGUCGCAAGACAAGCGUAUCAACCGGAAAUGAUGGAAGAAGGAUCAAUUGAAUUAGUCCAGGGACUCGCUAUAAUGGCACAUUAUUUACAAAGGAAUAACAAACCGAAUAGUGGCUACGUCUGUCUUGGUACAGCUAUCAGAAUGGCCGUUGCGCUUGGUAUCCAUUCUUCGAAUGCUCAUCAUCCCAAAAGUAAUCCACUUGCUGAGGAGAUACGUACUAGAUUAUGGUGGGGAUUAGUCGCUCUCGAAGCAGGUUGCUCAACAACGUUCGGUCGUCCUCAUGGUUUCGGUCACGCUUCCUACUUGGUCGCUAGAUUACCUGUUAACUGUGAUGACGAUGAUUUGACAGUCACCGAUACUGUCCUCCCUGAAGAUGCGGAUCACGUAGCGCUUUAUACGGCUCUACUUAUGCAAACGAAACUAGCAAAGAAAAUGCUUCAGCUUCAAGAUCGUAUAUCAAGGUCUUUACCUUACCCCACAGUUGAGCAGAUCAAAUGGUGUGGACAAUCGUUCCUAGCGGAUGUCAAAUCGUAUCCUGCAUACAUGCAGCCUGGAACUCCAGGACCUUUCCGAUUGGCACGAGCCAUCCAAAUUUGGAGAGCAAGAGAUUAUGCUUCGAUUUUGUUCAGACCGGUACUUCUUUCGGCCGCAUGGAAUUCAUCUGGCCCUCAUAAUGCUGGAGCUGAUCUGACAGAGAUCAUCGAUGAUUGUCGAUCUCUGGCUACCGAGACUUUACAAGAAUUACACGCAUUCGGAGGCCCAGGACGAGAUCCACAUCGCGGUUCACAAUGGUACUUGCUAUUUUACGAAGUACAAUCCAGUCUUACAUUACUACUGUCGGUCGUCUGGGAACCGCAGCAUCCCGCAGCGGAAGAAUGGCGCACGGCAGUUUCGCAGAGUAUCCAGAGGAUCCGUGAGAUGCCUUCAGUUGCCAAAAUGGGAUUGUCUUAUGCUCAAACGAUGGAAAACAUCCUACAAGCGCAAUCAACUCUCGGUAGUAAUGACAGGUUUACAAGUAUGCGGACACAAGAACAAACUCAACCUUAUACUGAUCCAAAUGGGAUAGAUUGGAAUCAAAUUUUGCUCGAAAUGUUGGCUACUCAAAAUAUGAGUCAAGACGAUUUUCAAGGAGACAGCAUGUUGCCUUUUAGUCAAAACUGA